AUUACAUUGCCUGUCCUGUCUGAGGGAUGCUGUGUUGGGAGAAGGGAAUGUGAUGGGUAGUGGUUCAGGUAGGGCCACGAGCCACAUGAAGACGUCAGCAAGCGAGAGGAGAGAGAGAGCUGGUUCUGUUUCUCUAGAGACGGAUCCGUCCUGGCCGUCUGUCUGCUGGCAGACUCCAUCUUCCUCCUGGAUACUACAACACUGGAUCACCCCACUCAGGGAGGAGCAGCUUGGUCUGUUUUAUUUUCCCUGCUAGCUAGCUAGCUAACGUUACUACCUCUGCUGCUGUCCUGAGAGAGAGCAUCAUCAUCACACCAUCACCACCCAGCCCUCCUCCCUGAUACUACAGAGAGGAGCUGUUUCCAGACCUGGUAGGAUACUAUACUACAGAGAGGAGCUGUUUCCAGACCUGGUAGGAUACUAUACUACAGAGAGGAGCUGUUUCCAGACCUGGUAGGAUACUAUACUACAGAGAGGAGCUGUUUCCAGACCUGGUAGGACUUCCUCCUGCUAUCCUGCUCUAUAAGGAUAUCAGCCAGCUCCAUCGCAGCUCCCCAGCACCAUGGCUCAGGCUGCAUCUCAGAUCAAGAAGAGAGCGAUUGUGGACACCUCUGUUGAGGAUGAGAAGCUUAAGAAGAGGAAGAUCAGACAAGCCCAACGGCAACUGAAGAAAAAGAUUGACAGUAAUGCCAGUUACUUGAGAGCAGCCCGGGCAGGGAACCUAGAGAAGGCUUUGGAUUACCUGAAGACUGGGGUCGAAAUCAACAUCUGUAACCAGAAUGGCCUCAACGCCCUCCAUCUGGCCUCUAAAGAGGGCCAUGCCGAGGUGGUCACACAACUCAUCAAGCUGGGAGCCAAUGUGGACGCUGCAACUAAGAAAGGGAACACAGCUCUCCACAUAGCGUCUCUGGCUGGUCAGGUGGAUGUAGUGAAGGAGCUGGUGACCAGCGGAGCUAACAUCAACGCACAAUCUCAGAAUGGCUUCACUCCUCUGUACAUGGCUGCUCAGGAGAAUCAUCAGAAGGUGGUCAGAUACCUGCUGGACCAUGGCUCCACACAGGGCAUCGCUACAGAGGAUGGCUUCACGCCCCUUGCGGUGGCGUUGCAGCAGGGACAUGAACAGGUGGUCUCUCUGCUCCUGGAGAAUGACACUAAAGGAAAGGUCCGGCUCCCGGCGCUCCACAUCGCCGCGCGGAAGGACGACACCAAGGCUGCUGCCCUGCUGCUCCAGAUCGACCACAACGCAGAUGUCGAGUCCAAGAUGAUGGUGAAUAGGACCACAGAGAGUGGCUUUACUCCGCUGCACAUUGCUGCUCACUACGGCAACAUCAACGUGGCAACGCUCCUCCUCAACCGCGGCGCUGCCGUGGACUUCAAGGCCAGGAAUGACAUCACACCGCUGCAUGUGGCUUCUAAGAGAGGGAAUGGCAACAUGGUGAAAGUUCUGCUGGAGAGGGGAGGCACGAUAGACGCCAGGACUAAGGACGGUCUGACCCCUCUCCACUGUGGCGCCAGGAGCGGACAUGAACAGGUGCUGGAGAUGCUGCUAGACAGAGGAGCUCCCAUCCUGUCCAAAACUAAGAACGGUCUGUCUCCCCUCCACAUGGCCACCCAGGGGGACCAUCUGAACUGUGUUCAGCUCCUGCUACACCACGAGGUUCCUGUUGAUGAUGUCACCAACGACUAUCUGACGGCCUUGCAUGUCGCCGCCCACUGCGGACACUACAAGGUCGCCAAGGUCAUUGUGGACAAGAAGGCCAAUCCCAACGCUAAAGCACUGUCCACAGCCUCUGAGGCUGACAAAUGGUUUCAUCUGCUCCACAUCGCCUGCAAGAAGAACAGAAUCAAAGUGAUGGAACUGCUGCUGAAACACGGAGCAUCUAUACAGGCAGUGACCGAGUCGGGUCUCACUCCGAUCCAUGUGGCGGCUUUCAUGGGACACGAUAACAUCGUCACUCAGCUGACGAAUCAUGGAGCUUCUCCAAACACAACUAAUGUGAGGGGAGAGACGGCGCUCCACAUGGCAGCGAGGGCCGGCCAGGCUGGCGUGGUCAAAUACCUGGUUCAGAGUGGAGCCAGAGUGGAGGUCAAGGCCAAGGACAACCAGACCCCGCUCCACAUCUCCAGUCGUCUGGGAAGCCUGACAUCGUGCUGCCUGGGCGUAUCAGGCUCCACCCUCAGGGCUGGGCGUCUCAGGCGUCUCAGGUUCUCCACACUACUGGAUUGCAUCCUACCUGGUGGCGACACGCUCUCAUAUAUCUCAGCUUGGAUGUCGGUCCUCCACCUCAGCCUCGACAAUACGGAAUUGCUCUUCCUCUCCAUCCCGGUUGACUCCACAGUGUCGCCCUCCCAGAGUGAAAAGAACCUUGGCAAAGGCUUCACUCCCCUCCAUGUUGCAGCUAAGUAUGGGAAGAUGGAAGUGGCCAACCUUCUGCUGCAGAGACACUGCGCCCGAUGCAGCUGGGAAGCUGCUCACUAUGACAACCAGAAAGUGGCUCUGCUGCUGCUGGACCAGGAGCUUCACCACACGCUGCUGCCAAG